AUGGUAAAAACCGGUGACAAGCGUGGAUCUUCACCAUUAGAGUCGCCCCUUAAUUUAGCAUCUGCAAAACGUUCUAGAUUUAUGAUUGAUCGUCUAUUAGAUGAAGAAAAUGGCGAUGAACAUUAUCAAAUAGGAAAUAUUAAUGAAGGUAGCAAUAAUAGUGGUACUAGUGAUAGAUGCAAUAAUAGUAUCAAUAAAACUAAAACUAUUAUCAAAGAUAAUGAUAUGAAUUUGGUGAAUGUUGAUAAAGCUGAUGAUGAAGAUGAUGAUGGUAAAGAAUUGGAAGCCAAAAUCGGUAUCAUACCAAAAACUUCUCCAUUAGCGGGUAAUUCACCAAAUUUACGAGAUUUGGAUUGUCGCUUGGAAGGUCGAGAACUUUGGUGCAAAUUCUAUGAAUUAAGUACGGAAAUGAUUAUCACGAAGAGCGGACGGUGA